AUGAGGGAUGAAUCGAUUUUGAACGUGAAAAUUGCCUUGCUAGCAUCCAGUAUAGCGGGCAAGCAAAAACGUGGACAUCCCUACACUGGUCUUCCUGGAGUCACUGCUGAAGACAUACAAGAAUUCCGUCUACAGUACAGAUCAAUGCCAGUGUUCAUAUCAUGGUCGCGAGAACUACGAAUAACGGAUGACAUGGUCAAAGCCGCCCUUCAAGCAAUGAAGAUUCUUGGAUUAUCUCUUGCCGGAUUGUGGCAGCUCAAGCAGUCGACUGGGCCUGCUCAGUCUGCUUCAAACACCCAAUCUGCCAACCCUACUGAAUCUGCUCAGCCACCUGGAACAGUUCAACCAGCCGAUGAUGGACACGUCCCCGAGUAUUUGCUUGGUCGAUUCAUGGAAAUCCUUGAACUCAGUGGAGAGCAAGAAGCGCUUCGUUUCCUGCGAGAAUCGAAGGCAAAGGCUGCUCGGGAAUCGCGGCGCUCAGACAGGUCGCGGCGCAAACGGAGAAACGCGAUGAUUGGGAUUAGUGACGAGAGCGGUAUGAGCAGCAUGGACAGGGUGGUUGAAGAUGACCUGUCCGCCUUCGGCAUCACGGAAGUUCAGAUCACGGGAGGUCAAGUAAUGGUGGCGGGUUCCUCUAGGCGACGAGAGAAUGUCAACAGCAGCCCGGCGCUGAACAGGACAAUUGAGAUCCACAUUGACGACGACCUGGUGGGCGCAGCAGAGUCUUCAACUCCGGUGGAGAAGUUUAGACGGUUGAUGAACUCGAGUCCGACUCAGAAGAGCCCAAAGAAGAGGGCUAAGGUGUGGAUUUCUGAUGCAGUCGAUUAG